AUGGCUUCUCUACCAUCACCAGCGAGUUUAUCAGCGGACGCCGUCCAGCAAGCUUUGAAUCUUUAUCCUGCGCUUGUUGAGAAGGCGUAUAGAGGCAAGCUGAAGGAUUCAAAGAAGGUCGCGGACGCGCUUGAGCGUGACCAAUGGCGUUAUGAAGACUUGCCGGCCGCGAUUGCCUCUAUGAAGCCUGGAGGCGAGAAUGAAGCAAAGCAGCCAAGCUCGCAUGCGGAUAUAGUACAUGGAGCACUGACGAAAAAUGCUGUUGAGAGGCUGGUACAAUGGAAAAUCACACAUGGCCAUUCGCGCCCUUUUCUGCCUGCCAUGGUGAGGAAGAAUGAACCUACUGCGGUCCAAACCCAAACGAAACUCGCCUGGGAAAAGCUACAGGCACCAAACACAACUGCACCCCCGUCCACGUCAACCGUGACUGCGGCUCUCGACUUGGUUUGCAAACUCACGGGGAUCGGGCCCGCAACCGGAACUCUCAUUUUGAAUGUCUACGAUCCGGUCAAUAUCCCCUUUUUCCAGGAUGAGAUGUUUGCGUGGUUCUUCCCCGCAACGAAAGGCGACAAGCUCAAGUAUACUCAGAAAGAGUACUUGCAGUUACUUGAGGUAGCUCAGCACGCGCUGAAGAAGUUGGGUCUUAAGGCCGUUGAGCUGGAGAAGAUUUCGUAUGUCCUUGGACACAUGGAGUUGCUCCUGCCAACCGAACGGAAGCCGUUGGAGGAUGCCCUUAUGGGAAUCGAAACGAAACCCCUGAGCGAAGAGGGCAAGCAGGCAGCAGUAUUGGAAGACAAGGAGAUCAGUUCCAUUCAAGCAGAGAAGCGGAUGAGCACGAAGACAGGAUUGAAACGAGCAUCAUCCAAACUCGAGGUUGACAACAGCAGAGAGCCACCACCUCCAAAACGGCGGUCACAGCGCAUCAAGUGA